AUCCCUAUUGUGUGGAAAAAAUUUUUUUGAGCAACUUUCUACAACGCAAGAAUUAAAAUGUUCGAAAUACUUGAGCUCUGGUAUUUUUUAUCCAAUUCAAAUGCAUUUGAGCUUAUUCUGUUCACCACGGUUUUCCAGAAAUCGUCUGAAAAAAAUGUAACACAUUAGAAUCGGGUCGUUGAACGUUUAAUUGUAAGACGCUUUACACGAAUUUUUCGAAACCUAAUUAGCACGUGCUAUUCGAAUUAACUCAGAAUUAUUUCUGUUGCAUAGGGUCUGGGGGUGGCGUUUUACUUUUUCUCAUCAUUGGCACAAAUAUCACCGUUAGAGAUUUUUUAAACGUUUUCUUUUUAAUUUCCUAACUAUCGAUUCAUACGACACGGCCGUUUCAUUCUUGAAUAUAACUCUGUGACAAUAGAGAGCCAUACGGGCAGAUUUCCAAAGCGUUUUUGUUAUCAGCUGCUUGUACAAAAAGAAUUAUUGUAAAGACGUAAGAAUAUCUGAAUAUGUGUUGAUAAUUAUUAUAGUAUGUCUUUUCCUUUCAAUUCACGUGGUGAAUUAUCAAUUGUGUGAGGGAGUGAUGAAUAAUAAUGGCGAAAGCAGAUACGGCGCAGUCGCAACUUGAUGACUGGUUCCGCAUUGGUGGUAUCGACUGCGUUAAGGAACCGCAACUGCUUCUGAUCACCACGUCGCGUGAAUUGUUACACACAUGUUUUUCGUUCAUGAAUAGGCACGUUGUACAGAGUGUUAGAAAAAUGGCUGACGGUACGAUGAAUCUUUGUGCGGCACGAAAGAUGUCGUUCGGUAUAAAUGGCAGGCUGAACGGCGUCGAGGGAAAAACGCCCUUCCUAAUCGGCGUGUCCGGCGGAACUGCUAGCGGCAAGUCCACAGUUUGUAAGCGGAUAAUGGAAAAAUUGGGACAGGUGGAUAUGGAUCACACGGAGCGCCAAGUUGUCUGCAUAUCGCAGGACAGUUUUUAUCGGGAGUUGACCCCCAGUGAGAAGCUGAAAGCUGAAAAAGGACAGUUCAACUUUGACCACCCAGAUGCAUUCGACAACGAUAGAAUCCUGCGGACCUUGAGAGAUAUUUUGACUGGAGUUAAAUGCGAGAUACCAGCCUACGACUAUCGAUCUAACAGUAUAUUAAAAAAUCAGAUCACGACGAUUUAUCCAGCGGAUGUCGUUCUAUUCGAAGGAAUUUUGGUGUUUUAUUUUCCAGAAAUUCGAGAACUUUUUCACAUGAAACUGUUCGUUGACACAGACUCUGACACUCGCUUAGCCAGGAGAGUGCCAAGGGACAUCAAAGAGAGAGGAAGAGACUUGGACUAUGUGCUGAAUCAAUACAUGAACUUUGUGAAACCAGCUUUCGAGGAAUUCUGUUUACCAACAAAGAAAUUUGCGGAUGUCAUUAUACCAAGAGGAGCUGAUAACACAGUGGCGAUAGACCUAAUAGUGCACCACAUCUGGGACAUUUUACGUUCGAAAAAGGCUGAAUCGUCAUCCGGGCAGCAUUCAUACCUCCGCCAUCGUAGGCGAACAUCAGCAUCAUCCGACACGCUCAGCAGAUGACUGAUCUAUAAUCAACCGAUCGACACAGUUUAUAUAUUAUCAUAACAUAUUUCUAACGAUUUACAAUUCUUGAUGAUCAGCUAUGCCCUCGAACCAUGUAUUAUCCAUAUUUUCUUUUUCUCACUGCGCACAUGUGGAAUGAUUUCAGUCAAGUGAAAUAUUUUUCUACACAUAGCACGCCUUACUUUGAACUCAUUAUACUAGCUGGUCAAUUGAGGACCACUUUUUUCUGUUAUAACCACCUCUAAAUGGAUGAUAUCCUUUUAUCGCUUGUAUUCAAGCAUUUAGAGUGAUUAUUGAGCCACGUCAUACGACAAUAAGAGAAGCUAUCAUUUAAACUCGGGUAGAAAAGCCAUAAAUUUCGAAAUACAUCGUUCAAUUAUUGAUUUUGUAUGCACCCAUAUGUAUUUACAUUACGAUAAUUUUCGCACGUAAACAAUUGUUUUACAUUUUUUACUGCAAACGAGUGAAUAGAUAUGAUAUUCGAAUGUUUAUACUCUUGAAUCAACAUCAAGUCAUCAUGCAUUGUUUCAUAAUUUCGUGUGAUAUGAUAUGACCUUUAUAUGCAUAAUAGAUCCAAUGGACAAAUAUAAUAAAGAUUAUGAUAUAAAUUUAGAUAUGACGAUGAAACGACGAUUUUAAAACUAAACGUCAAAGAAUGCUGUGAAACAAAUCAUCUUUCUCUCCGUGUAUUUUAAAAUAUAUCCAAUAUAUUCAAUAUACUUAAUAUGAGAAUAAUAAUAAUAGUAAUACUGUGAUGGAAUAAAUGUGUAAAAAAAAAAGGAAAAAUAAAUGUUGCAAAAAGUUAGUUGUCUUUUAUUUGAGUCAUGUAGCUUUGAGUAUGUUUCAUCGUGUUCUUGUACAUUUUUAUCUCAUUGAAUUUAUAUCGAAAAAUCUAGUUCGAAGGCUUAAAAAAAAGUA